GGGUUUCAAAUUUAAUAUGCUACACAUAUUUCCGAUAUAAAUCAUCAUCAUCAUAAGCUGCACUUGGCUGAUUAGCUUGUUACUCAGUUUCAGGAUUUAAAGAUAAAUGGGUGUGGAAUGUGUCGCUAUAAAGACUUCUGAAUAAAGAGACAGUGGUACGUGAUAUUUAUAGGUGUAGGUGAAGGAUCUACACGACUGUUUUCCGUGCUUCACAAACCAAUACAGAGAAAGCUUCCUUUCAGAAAUACGUAGCCAAUGGUAACAAAAAUUGUGAAUCUCAUGGUCCCUGUCCACUUAGGACUGAAGAGUGGCACAGUAUAUGAGGCUAAAAACUAAGGACACCAUGGCCAAUCUGCUGGAGAAGUCGGUGAUUGGUUUACUAGACGUCAUUGGUAGUGUGUAUGAACUCAUUGUUUUUGUGCCAUACUACUUCCUAUGUAAACCUUACAAGAAAAUGGAGAGGUCACGACGCAUUAAGAGUACAUCAAUAUCGGGAGACCCCUCAGGGCCAUACCGGGCGGUGGAGGUGGGUGGAAACAAAAAGCUGGCCACCUCUCUGUUCGAGGACUGUAGCACGGUGGAUGAUCUUCUGAAGAGAGCGGUGCAAAUGUUCAGCUCGUACAAGUGUCUGGGCACCAGGGACCUACUGAGUGAGGAAGAUGAGAUGCAGUCCAAUGGCAAAAUAUUUAAGAAGGUAAUUAUGGGGGAGUACAGAUGGAUCACCUUUGAAGAUAUGUUCACCAGAGUCAGCCAUUUUGGAAGUGGUUUGCUAGCUACUGGUCAGCAACCCAGGAAAAACGUCAUGAUAUUCUGUGAAACUAAGGCAGAAUGGAUGAUAGCAGCCCAGGCCUGCUUCAUGUAUAAUUUUCCUGUGGUGACCCUUUAUGCUACGCUUGGAAAGGAAGCUGUGUUACAUGGAGUUCAUGAAUCAGAAGUGUCUCAUAUCAUCGUCAGCGCUCAGCUAACUUCAAAACUGAAAGGAAUCAUUACGAGGUUGCCUAAUGUCACUCAUCUGAUAUAUGUAGGGGAUGGGAAAUCUCCCAAUAAAUCCGAUUUUCCAGAAAGUGUGAAGCUGAUGUCAAUGGAGGAGGUGGAAGUCCUAGGAUCUCAGCCUGACAACAUACGCACACCAGUGACAAAGCCCAUGCCUGAUGAUCUAGCAGUAAUUAUGUACACCAGUGGGUCUACAGGUGUUCCAAAAGGGGUGUUGAUUACACAUAAGAACCUCAUGUCGGGAAUGACAGGACAAUGCGAGAAGAUUCUCAGUCUUGGUCCUAAGGACACAUAUAUUGGUUAUCUCCCCUUGGCCCAUGUCUUGGAACUUAGCGCAGAAAUCAGCUGUUUGGCUCAUGGUGCGUGCAUUGGUUACUCCUCACCUUUGACCCUCACUGAUAAUUCCAGCAAAAUAAAGAAAGGAAGUAAAGGAGAUGUUUCUGUACUGAGGCCUACUUUAAUGGCGGCCGUACCGAUGAUCAUGGACAGGCUGUAUAAAGGUGUGUGGGAAAAGGUGAACAUGGGAGGAUCCUUUAGUAAGGCUCUGUUUGAGUGGGCUUACGACUACAAGAAAAAGCAGAUCGAGAAAGGACGCAACACACCGAUACUAGACAAGUAUAUCUUCUCUAAAGUGUCUUUAGUUCUUGGAGGCCAUGUACGGAUGAUGCUGAGUGGGGGAGCCCCCUUGUCAGAGAAAACUCAGAGGUUCAUGAAUAUCUGCUUCCGUUGCCCCGUUUUACAGGGUUAUGGCCUGACUGAGACUUGUGGGGCGGGAACCAUCACAGAAGUUGGUGAUCUGUCCACUGGGAGAGUUGGAGCACCGCUUAUCUGCUGUGAACUCCGUCUACGAGAUUGGCCAGAAGGAAAUUAUACCUCUAAGGAUAAACCUUGUCCCCGUGGAGAAAUAUUGUUGGGUGGUGGUAACAUAGUACUGGGGUACCAUAAAAAGCCAGAGAAGACCAAGGAAGAUUUCUUGGAAAUUGACGGGACUUGGUACUUUUGUUCCGGGGACAUUGGACAGAUGGAUCCUGAUGGUUGUCUGAGAGUGAUUGAUCGUAAGAAAGAUCUUGUGAAGCUUCAGGGUGGGGAAUAUGUGGCUGUUAGCCAGGUAGAAACCGUUCUGAAGAUGGUGCCAAUUGUAGAACAAAUUUAUAUCCAUGCUGACAGCAACCAUGAUUGCACACUUGUGUUUAUUGUACCAAACAACAAGCAUCUGGAGGACCUAGCUGAGAGUCUCGGGGUCAGGGGAGAGCUUGAAGACCUCUGUAAAGACAAAAAAGUUGAAAACGAGGUCCUGAGAAAAUUAACAGAAAGUGGAAUUAAAGGUGAGUUGGAGAGAUUCUGUCUACCCAGAAAAGUGAAAAUCUGUCCAGAACCAUGGAUGCCAGAGUCGGGACUCGUCACCGAUUCCUUCAAAGUGAAGCGCAAAAAUUUUGAAGAACAUUUUAAGGAUGAUAUUGUAGAAAUGUUUAAAAAGUAGAGCUUCGAGACAAGUCAACAUAUUCUUUGCUGAUAGUGUGAGCUUUUUCUUAAUGCAUUGUUGUGCGAGUGAUAUGAACUUGGGUGCUUCUCAUGGUGAUAAUAUUCAUUAUUUUUGAUAGUGUGACAAAAUUAAGAUAUCAUUCCUCUGAAUUUUGUAUUCAUCAUCAUUUCUUUUAAAUUUUGAUUUUUGUAUCCUUUUGUUUUUGACUUUUGUUUUUUAUUUUUGUUAAGUUUCUACCUUUUGAUAUCCUACUAGACAUUUAUCAUCACAGGUUUUAUUAGUGUGACAUCCAGAAAGUGGGAAUCAAACAUAAUGAUUGGUUUUUAUCAUCCCUUCACGAAGAAUAAUAGAAAUAUAACAGUACUUUAGAAGUACAAAAUGUAGUUCUGCUAAAAAAAAAAUCUCUUUUUAUCAGCAAUAUCUGAUUUGCAGUCACUAUUUAACAUUAAUCUUGAAGGCGAUAUGCAACCCUCAUUUCACCAGCAUUAAAAAAAUUGUAAAAGUACAUGACCGUAAAAAAGAAAUUUGGAGACAUUUUGAGGCAUGAAAUUAUUAUUAAGAGUAAUAUGGAAAUUUAAGUAAUUUACAAUUUUUGGUCUUGGUUGAUGUACAAGUAUUUGGACACCACUUUUAGAAAUAUUUGUGAAAUUAUUACUUGGUCUGUGUUGUAUGUCUACAUUUAAAUGUUUUAUACAUAUUUUUGUUCGUAUAUACAUUUUUUAAAUUGACUUGUGAUAUCCAGUUUUUGUUAUCACUUUUAAAGGAAAAAAAACCAGAUUUUAUUUUUAUUAAUAAAUAUAAUGUACAGGAAACAUUUACGCUAUCACAUGACCAUAGUCAUUUUUGCCGUUAUUUAGUGCUCUCCUUACACAUUGGAAGAUGGAGGCAUAUCUGUUGUGGUCCUUAGAUUUACGCAAAUAAUCAUGCAAGAUUUCAUUAAACGUAUUUACAAGAAAUCGUAGCUGAUAUUUUUUCCACAUCAUUGGGUGGGUGGGUAGGUUACCAUUACAUAUACAUGUAACAUGCAGUUUUUUUUAGUUUAUGAAGUUUUGAACAUAAUAAGGAUCUGCUACACAAUACAACUCCACGUACAGAAAGUACAUCUGAAACUACAAGGAAUUUGGAGUGAUUCAUUUCAAAAGUGCUAGUAAAAGAACAAUAUGGUGCCAGUUGCUUGCAUGUAUAUGUGCAAUGCACAUGUUGUCAUUAUUCAUAUGUGUACAGCAUAGAGAUGAUUUGUUGUAAAAAUAUUGACGCCGAAUUUUUUGUAUUAUGUGUGUAUAAAUUUGUUUUCUGGGUAAUUUUUCAAAAUGUAAUAUGAAUGAGUACUCUUCUAGGUCGAAAAUAUUGCAUAAAUUUAUGCAUGCACUUUGUAGUAUGGUAAACAUUUCCAGACAUGAAAUUUGUGAUUUUACCAGCAAAAAAUAUACCAAAAAAUUCACAAUAUCAAUACAAUGAAAAUUAAUGUUCAACAAAUGCUGAUGAAACUACCGGUUUAUUUUCUGAGAUAUGCUACCAUCAUUUUACAUUAUAUAAAGGGCAGUAUUUAUCACUACAUGCAAAAUUGUACUCUUCUGUCUGAACUUUUGACAGAUAAUGAAGUUUGAUAUCAAUUUUAUGUGUAUAAAGUAGUCUGCAAGACUGAUGACCACAAACCAUGGAUGAAAUUCCUAGUCUGAAUUUGAUCAUAAUUAGCUUGUAAAUUUAGGAAGAAAUUCCAAAUAGAAAAGUUUGUGUUUCACAAAUAAAGCUUUGUUUGUAUUUCA